AAUUUUGUCUAGUUGAUUUUGUCUAUAAAACAACCUCAUUGGUCACCAACCUCAAAAAAAAACACUCUUGCUUUUUUUCUUUGAUUCUCAUUCUCUUGUUCCAGAUUUACAAUCUGUAUAUUCUUCCUUCUAAAAUCUUCAUAGUUUUUCGGUUACUUCCUUCAAUCAUAACCCAAAAACCUCUCUUUGAAUUUCUGAAUUCCUUCCUUGUGUUGCAGCAGAACGUUUAGUUCUAAGUUCUAAUCCCAAUCAUUGAUUUUUCUCAACUGGGUUUUGUUUGAAUCUCUCUUGGGGUUGAAUUAUUCGUUUCUGAGUUUCAAAGUUUGUUUCUUUUCACUUUCUUUGAGUUGGUUUUUUUCAUUUCUCUUCUGGGUCUUCAAUAUAUUUUGAUUUUAUUUUCAUUUUCAGGGUUUGUUUGUUUGGUUGUGAAAAAACUGAACAAAAAAAAUGACAAUUGGUAAUCUUGCACCUAAGACAGACAAGAAGAAAUCAUCAAGGAAGAACAAAUCAGUUGUUGUUAGUGAGAAUGCACCUUUAUUGCCUAAAAGUCAUGAAAGUGAUUCUGGUUUUGAUGAUUUCAAUGGAGCUUCAUUUUCUGGUGCUGUUUUCAACUUAGCAACAACAAUUAUUGGUGCUGGAAUCAUGGCUUUGCCUGCAACUUUGAAACAGUUGGGUUUGGUUCCUGGUCUUGUUGCUAUUGUUUUGAUGGCUUUUUUGACUGAAAAGUCAAUUGAGCUUUUGAUAAGGUUUACAAGGGCAGGGAAAUCUGUUUCAUAUGCUGGUUUGAUGGGUGAUUCCUUUGGGAAAUAUGGAAAAGCUUUUGCACAGAUUUGUGUUAUUGUUAAUAACAUUGGUGUGCUCAUUGUUUACAUGAUUAUAAUUGGUGACGUGCUUUCUGGAACAUCUUCAAGCGGAGAACAUCACUAUGGUAUACUUGAAGGAUGGUUUGGUGUGCACUGGUGGACCGGGAGGACAUUCGUCGUCCUUCUUACAACAGUUGCUAUAUUUGCGCCCUUGGCAAGCUUUAAACGAAUUGAUUCGUUGAGAUUCACAUCGGCCCUUUCCGUUGCACUGGCAGUUGUUUUUCUCGUCAUUGCUGUGGGAAUUUCUGUUGUCAAGAUUAUUAGCGGAGGCAUUAGCAUGCCAAGACUCUUCCCAGUUGUUACUGAUGCAACAUCAAUCUUUAACCUAUUCACUGUGGUUCCUGUGUUUGUGACUGCAUAUAUCUGCCAUUACAAUGUUCACAGCAUAGAUAAUGAACUUGAGGACUCGUCACAGAUGCAAGGUGUUGUGCGUACCGCCCUUGGUCUAUGCUCAUCCGUGUACCUAAUGAUAAGCUUCUUCGGGUUCCUUCUAUUUGGUGAAGAUACUCUUGAUGACGUGCUUGCCAAUUUCGAUACCAAUCUCGGAAUCCCUUUCGGUUCUUUGCUCAAUGAUGCCGUUCGUAUUAGCUAUGCUGCACACCUCAUGCUUGUAUUUCCAGUUGUCUUUUAUCCAUUGCGACUCAACAUCGACGGUCUUCUCUUCCCUAAAUCAAAGCCUUUGGUUUUGGAUAACUUCAGAUUUACAUCAAUCACUAUUUCCCUUAUUGGUGUUAUCUUCUUGGGAGCAAAUUUCAUUCCUAGCAUUUGGGAUGCUUUCCAGUUCACCGGAGCAACUGCCGCAGUAUGUAUAGGAUUCAUCCUUCCAGCUGCCAUCACUCUUAGGGAUCGCUACAACAUCGCUACUAAAUCAGACAAAGUUCUAUGUGUCAUCAUGAUAGUCCUCGCAGUCUUCUCAAACAUUGUGGCUAUAUACAGUGACGCCUAUGCCUUGAUUAAGGUGAACAAAACUUCGCGCGAAUGACGGUCUCGGUUCUUUACAAAAGGAACCAAAUUGACCAGGUUAUAUUUGGUCAAUCAGAAAAUCAGGGUUUUCUGAGAAGGGUCUCAUGAGUUGAUUUUUGAAUAAACAUGGAAGCUACCUACCCUGUGUACAAAUUGCUUCAGAAAGUGUCAGAGGCCUACAAGGUGUUUUCGGCCUAGUUUGUAUUUUUUCGAUUUUUGUUAUAGUUGUUAUAUGGUUCUAGUUUGUAUGUAUUGUUGUAUUGAAUGAAGGAAUGGACUAUGUAAGGAUGGUAAAGUUCUUGAAUUGGACAAGAGAAAAUUGCCAUGAAAUAAUGUAUUCUAUUUUUCAAAAUUUAGGUGUGUAAAUAUGUUGAUAGUUGGUAUUAUCAUUUUCCCCUAAAAA